AUGAAAGUCAUUACUGCCAAUUUCGUGACUUGCGCUGUUAAGGAAUGCAAAACUUCACCGACAUCGUUUCCACUACAUUUCAGUGAGGCCGAACUGGAGAUGCAGGAUUUGGAUUUCCAGCCCGAGUUUGUUCGCAAUGUCGUACCCCGCAUCGACUGGGAAGCUCUUCGGGUAACUGCGAAUGAGCUUGGAUUUCCUAGCCUUCCAGACUCAAAACCGGAGGGGGAAGCACUGGAAAAUGAACAGACUUUAAAGGAUCUACAUCGGCUAUUGCUGGAGACCCAAGUCAUGGAAGGCAAGUUGAUCUGUGGAAAUUGCGGGCAUCAAUAUGUUAUCAAGGAAGGAAUUGCCAACUUUCUGCUCCCAAGCCACCUGGUUUGA